UUGCUGCAGCAGCUGCUCGCGGAGUAGGUCUCGUCACUGCGGCUCUCUGCAGUCUCUGGCCCGUUCCUUCAGAACCGGUCACAGCAGCCAUCGCCGCCCUCUGCACCCCAGCCCAGGCCGCCCCUGCUUCAGUCCGGCUCUCCCAAACUCAGCACCACCUUUUAUCCACCCAGCGCCCACCGUCGCUCCCGCAGUUCGGCCAUCACUGCUCAUUCCACCUCUGCCCUCGCCACGCCACUUCUGAUAUUUUGGUGAGUCUUUUCCUGAGGAGGUGAGAUCCAAUCUCGGUGAUAGCCACCUUAGGCGUGUCCAAUCCGUUGAAAAAUGGCCGAGUCAGCCGACUGCAAGGAACUGUCAGGAUCCAGUCAAGAAGAGGCUGACAGUAAGAUAAUAAUGGAGGGAGCUGGGGAACAUCAGGAAUGCGGUGAAGGUGCUGCCGCUGGGCCUGGAGAUGAUGGGGAGCGCGGUGAAGAAGCCGCCGCUGGGCUGGGGGAAGAAGGGGGAAAAGGUGAAGAUGCUGCAGCAGGGUCCGGGGAAGAAGGGGGAAAAGGUGAAGAUGCUGCAGCAGGGUCCGGGGAAGAAGGGGGAAAAGGUGGAGAUACUAAUGAGGACUCAGAUCCAGAUCGUCCGAAGGUCAUCGGUUAUCUUUUAGAUACAGACUUCGUUGAAAGUCUACCUGUGAAAGUUAAGUACCGAGUGUUAGCCCUUAAAAAGCUCCAAACUAGAGCGGCCAAUUUAGAAUCCAAAUUCCUGAGGGAAUUUCAUGACAUUGAAAGAAAGUUUGCUGAAAUGUAUCAACCCUUAUUGGAAAAAAGACGACAGAUUAUCAAUGCCAUCUAUGAACCUACAGAAGAGGAAUGUGAAUAUAAAACAGACUGUGAGGACUAUGAUGAUGAGGACAUGGAAGAAGAGGAAGAUAUGCAUGGUAAAGAGGAAGGCAUGGUACAUGAGUAUGGUGAUGAGGAUGAUGGUUAUGAGGACUAUUAUUAUGAUUAUGCCAUUGAGGAGGAGGAGGAGGAGGAGGAGGAAGCAGAUGAUGACACCGAGGCCACUGGAGAGGAGAAUAAAGAAGAGGAUCCUAAGGGAAUUCCAGAUUUUUGGCUGACUGUUCUAAAAAACGUCGACACACUCACUCCUUUGAUUAAGAAAUAUGAUGAGCCUAUUCUGAAGCUCCUGACAGAUAUUAAAGUGAAGCUUUCUGAUCCUGGUGAGCCUCUCAGUUUUACACUAGAAUUUCACUUCAAACCCAAUGAAUAUUUCAAAAAUGAACUGUUGACAAAGACCUACGUGCUGAAGUCAAGGCUAGCAUAUUAUGAUCCCCAUCCUUAUAGGGGAACUGCGAUUGAGUAUUCCACAGGCUGUGAGAUUGAUUGGAAUGAAGGAAAGAAUGUCACUUUGAGAACUAUCAAGAAGAAGCAGAAACAUCGCAUCUGGGGAACAAUACGAACUGUGACUGAAGAUUUCCAGGAUUCAUUCUUCAAUUUCUUCUCUCCUCAUGGAAUCAGCUUAAAUGGAGGGGAUGGGAAUGAUGAUUUUUUACUUGGUCACAAUUUACGUACUUUAAUUCCACGAUCAGUAUUAUUUUUCUCAGGUGAUGCACUUGAAUCUCAGCAGGAGGGGGUAGUUAGGGAAGUUAAUGAUGCAAUUUAUGACAAAAUUAUUUAUGAUAAUUGGAUGGCUGCAAUUGAGGAGGUUAAAGCCUGUUGCAAAAACCUCGAAGCAUUAGUAGAAGACAUUGAUCGCUAAAGCAGAGUAUAUAUGGCCAGGAAAUUACCUGCCCUAGAGCUAUUUACUCAAGAUAAAAGAAAUUACAUUUCGUGGUCUGUAUUUUUCUCGUAGUGUCAGUUAAAACAUCUCAGAAGUAUAAAAAGGUCAAAUACUAAUUAAUUUGACAUUGCAUUUUAAUAAUAGAAUGUUUUCACAGACUGGUAAAUGAUUUAAGACAUUAAUACAGUGUUGUGUAGUUUAAUCCUUCUGAAGUCCUUUUGUCAUGUAAUCAUGAGACUGAAUAUUAUCAGAAAUGCUAAAUAAGAUCAAUAUUUGUUUGGAAAGAAAAUCUUGGGAACCAACUCAAGGGUUUUUGCUGCUAUUGUGUUUUGUAUUUUUGUUUUCCUAGUCCUUUAGCUAGUGGAUUUAAUUUUGUUGUGACUGCUUCAUUUUGCAGUAGAAAUAAAGUAGAAUUUAACAAUUGAAUGCUUAAGAAGAGGCCUGCAUAUGGUUAAGAAUUUCAAGCAAAACCACAUUUAUUGUUAAUAACAGCUUGUGCAUAAGCUCUUGAAUAUGUGACUGUUAUAAAUAUGAAACUUAGUUGUACUGGUAUUAUUAUCUGUAAGGUGUUAGUCACAGUAUUUUCAGAAGUUUGCAAGUAGUGUUAUGUGUAAUUGUGUAAAACAUGAUUGCAGUGUAUAAAUCCUUUUUCCUAUAUUAUAUUGAAUCAUUCAUCCAAAGUGCUCUCUUUACCAUUUCAAAAAGAUAUUUCAUGUUCUUUCACUACAAAAUAAAAUGAAUAAAAAUUUCAGGGUGUUUCAUGUU